AUGAAGGCCUUCUUUCUCCGGCCGCUCCUCCUCGCCGCUGUCCUCUUCUGUCUCCCUGUGGAUGCCUCUCCCUCCGGUGAGAUGGAUUCCAAUCUCUCCCUCCCACCUCUUCUUCCUCCUCCUCUUGUUCUUGUUCUUAUUCUUAUUCUUCUUCGACUUGUGUGUGUGGAUGGGUGCAGGUGGCUUGUUCAGGCAUUUCUCCUCCAUUGUGAAGUGGACUGCGAGGGCGUACCCGAAGUCCUCUCCCGCCGGUGAGUUCCGCCUCUCCCCCCCCCCGCCCCCCCCUCUUCAUCUUCUCGCUUCUUCUGGCGAUCGUCACCUGUGUUUCGAUCUGAUUCUAUCAGCGGAGGAGAGUGUGCUCCAGUUCGAGAAUGGCUACGUCGUGGAGACCGUGGUGGAAGGGAGCAGCAAGCUGGGGGUGAGGCCCCACUCCAUCCGCGUCUCCCCGGACGGGGAGCUCCUGGCCGUGGAUUCGAUUAACAACAACAUCGUCCGCAUCACGCCACCUUUAUCUCCGUGUAGGUCAUGAAGAACCGCGAGGAUUCGCUCCAUUUAAUUUGAUGCUGAUGCUGUUGAUGAUGAAGGGGUUCUAUCGUCUUGUCCAAGCUAAACCCUAUUUGUGUUGCAGACAGCAGGGCAAGGCUUGUGGCAGGGUCCUUUCAGGGCUACUCCGGCCAUAUCGAUGGUAAGCCAAGUGACGCUCGAUUCAGCCGCCCAAAGGGGGUCGCCGUGGAUGACAAGGGGAAUCUGUACGUGGCUGACACCGCAAAUCUGGCGAUUCGGAAGAUUGGAGAAUCAGGUUGGUUUCUUGUUGGGGGGGGGGGGGGGGAAGAGAAUCUAAAUUGCUGAUUACUUGGGAAUCUGUCUGGAAAAUUGAAGGUGUCACGACAAUCGCUGGGGGAAAAUCAAGCUCGACGGGAUACAGAGACGGGCCCAGUGAGGAUGCUAUGUUUUCCAGUGAUUUUGAUGUUGUGUACUUGGGAAGCAGAUGCUCCCUGCUGGUGGUGGACAGAGGCAACGCCGCCCUUCGGCAGAUUGCCCUUCAGCAGGAGGACUGUGACCAUAAAUCUACCUCAAUCUCUGCCUCAGGUUUGCCCCCAAACUAUUCUUGUUAAAGAAAGCUGAAAUUCGCAUGGUCCAAUAUUUUUAAUGAUGGUUCUUGAGACGUUGGGGGUUCCUUUCUCAGUAUCGUCGAGAGUUCAUGUGGGUUUGCGAACUCUCGAAUUUGAGUUGAUGGUUCUGGAUUAGUAUGUCCUAAUUUUGGCUAGUCGAGGGUGAAUUCACUGUUCUCGGUGGUUUUCUGGUGUGGAAUGCUGUUUGUGGGAUAAUCUCACGUCAGUUAGGAGAAAGAUGAACACGUGGUGGAAACUAGGACUUGAUUCUUUCACACGAGCACGCAGAUUCUGUCCUGGCACAGCUCACAUGGCAGUCUUAACAUAAUCAACUUGGAUCUAAUAGAAGAAGCAUGUUCAAAUGGUUGUACAUGAUUGAGGAUGAAAAGAAAUCUGAGAUUAGAGAUGUUGCCAAUUGGUUUUGAGUUGGAUGGCCUGAUACUUUCUUAAAAAUAUAUUCUAUGCAUUAGAGAAAUAAAACUAGAAACUUUCUUAAUAGUUUAUAGUUUUGUAACGAUGAUGACUUGUUCUGACUUGAAGAUUGAUACUUGUGAUCUUACACUCUCAGCCGACUCCUUCAUCCAACAGUCCGAAAAGAACUGUCUUGGGAACAUGGGAAAAAGCUACUGUGAUAGUAAUUUGCGGAACAUUUUCUUUUUCUCAAUACUGUGGAUGACAAAAGAUUAGUUGAGGACUUGGUUGAGGAUGAAUUCGGAGAAUUCCCAUAGGCUACUGGACAUUCCAUCAAAGUGGAGCGAAUAAAGAAGAUAUUGAUGAGGCGCAUGGCUAUGGAAACCUAGAGACAUACAUUUCAGUAAAAUCGUCAACCAAGUUUCUUGUUGAGUGGUUCUAUGCACGCUGUAGUCCCAAUCAUGUAACAGCUGUUAGUUGACUAUCUUGGUUCGCACGUCCCCUUUUUUUUUAGUCAACCUAACAAAACCUAAAAGUCAGAGUUAGCUUACAUGGGAGAGGUGGAUUAGAGUUGACGUAGAAAAACCUGAAAAAUGCAGCCCAAAAGGCCCAAAGUGGUGGAACGUCGAUGAUCCGAAAAUUGCUGCUGAGAGGGCCCAAUGGGGGUGAAAUAGAGAAAGUCAAGAUGUUACAAGGACGUGGACAUCCAUUAUUUUAGCGACGCUAAUUGCUAUCAUUUUAGGGUUUUUUUAUUUAAGCAGUAAUGCCCUUAAAACUUCCUCUUAAAGCAGAUCUGAGACUUACCGAUGCCUAUUUAAGGAGGCACGGAUCAUACAAGGGAUUUUUUUUUGCCCAAGUACUAUGUUAUCUCAUUCUCCCUUAUGGAUCAAGGGUCGAUUCCUUUCUCGACUCUUGAGUAUUCAAGGAUUUUCAAGCUUGUUCCUUGUGAAUUCGAGACUUGAUCUUUUUCUUGGCUUUGGCAAUGUCAAAGAAUAUUGGAUUCUUGGCUUUUCCAUAGGAGGACAAUUCACUUUUAUAAAUCUUUCUGUAGUAUAUCACCUUGCGCCUUUGUCUGGAUCUACUGCUAUAAAAAAUUGAAAUUUAUGAUCUGCCCCUGCAGUCUUCUCCAGGGCUUUACUAAUUGUUUUUAGGGUUUCUGUUCUUGAGAGGCUCUGACUCAUAUAAUAUCAUUGAAUAGAACAACGCUGGAUUUCUUUUGCAGACAUUGUAAUGGUGAUUGGCGCCAUGUUGGUGGGGUAUGCUUCCUGCCUCCUUCAGAAUGGAUUCGGGCCUGCUUUCUACAGCAAACAGGUGCGGGGUUCUGUCAGGGUCAUGGGCUUUGACUUCCUCUUCUCCCAGGGAACAGCUGACGGCAUUCCUUGUGGUUUUCACCUCAGAAGCAGCCGUCAGGAGAUGAAUUCCAGAAGAAGAUGGGCAUGGCGGGCGAGACCCCUCUCGUUGUGGAGAGGCUCGAGGAGGACUCCAUCGCCUCGUGGCCAUCUUUCGGGAGGCUGCUUUUCGAUUUGGUCAGAUUCUCCGUGGAAGCACUGGGCAGUGGGCUCCUCUACUUAGUUCCACUCAGCCCCACGGUUUGGAGAUCCCCGCAGGGCCUCCACCCUCUCAAGGACAGGCUCAUAAUCCCCGAGGACUACCCCGUAGAGCAGCCACAGCCACAGCCAAUUCAGAAGCAGACAACCCCUGAGACGAGGCAAAGUCUCCAGAAGAUGAUCGGUAAGCCAUCGGCCACGCUCAAGGACUCUCUGCUCCCUAAUAAGUACAGGAAGAGGCCAGAGUAUGGAGAAUUCUAUGGGUCUUCUGUCUCCGGCGAGGUCCCCUCCGCUGGAUCUAAGCUCCAGAAGGAACGGGCCCGCCACCGGCACCGCGGCGGUGUCACCACCACUGACACAACCAAGCCUGCGGACAUCAAGCCGGCUGACUACGCAGAUCCAAAGUAUGACCAGCCCAAUUACAGGAGCAAGUUUCGUACCAGUGAUGGGUUUCCCUUCUGA